AGAACAAGAAAAGAACAGAAAAUAGCACAGCGGGAAAAUCGCCGAAAACCUCGAUCCAUACCAAAUAAAACACAGCCUUGGCCCGUUUCGUCGCCACUCCGCUCUCUCGUCACUGCGCAAUCCCUCGACGUCCGGACCGAGCCUGUCAGAUACUCUGCCAGGCCGUCGGGCUUCGUGGGUGGGGGGCUCUCUAGUUGAGAAUAUACCUACCUGCUGCUACUUACUACUCCUUCCUGCUCUGGCCGCCAUAGACCGAAGAUGGGAGCGUGAACUCGGAUCUCUCUCUUUUUGCUGUUCCCCCUUUCCCCGGUCUUCUUUAUCUUUCAUCGCCACCGUCUACCCCUUCCAUUGAGCCCGCUCAGCACUUAAAACACCGCCCGGCCACGACGAUAUUUGGCAUCUGUCUCUCUCUUUGCCGCUCAUCGCCUAUCACUUAUGCGGCAACACCUACCGAGAGCGUGUCCGCCCCCCCUGAUCGCAUCCGCGCCGUCCGGGCCACUGGCUGCUUGUGCAACAAUAUCUUCGCCAGGUCCCGCCUCCAGAAAGCCAUUGCGCGCGCGGUGAGCGGUCCGCUCGGGGCGACGCCAUGUCCACUACUGCUGGGGCCUUCUUAUCAGGCGGCAUAGCCGCCUGUGGUGCCGUCACCGCGACGCACCCCUUUGAGACGGUCAAGAUUCGAAUGCAGCUCCAGGGCGAGCUCCAGACGAAAGGGCACCAGCCGCACCACUACCGCGGUCCCUUCCACGGCGUCGGCGUCAUCGUGCGGAACGAGGGGCUACGGGGCAUCUACCGCGGCAUCGGGUGCGCCUACGUCUACCAGGUCCUGCUCAACGGGUGCCGGCUAGGCUUCUACGAGCCGAUGCGCCACGGCCUCGCGACGCUGCUGCUGCGCGACAGCACCAAGCAGAACCUCGGCAUCAACAUGUUCUGCGGCGCGAGCUCGGGCAUCAUCGGCGCCGCCGCCGGCAGCCCGUUCUUUCUCAUCAAGACGCGGUUGCAGAGCUACUCUCCUUUCCUGCCCGUCGGCACCCAGCACAACUACCGCAACGCCUUCGACGGCAUCUCCCAGGUCUACAAGGCCGAGGGGCUCCGCGGCCUGUACCGCGGCGUCGACGCCGCCAUGAUCCGCACCGGCUUCGGCAGCUCCGUCCAGCUGCCCACCUACUUCUUCGCCAAGAGGCGGCUCGUCCGGCAUCUCGGCAUGGAGGAGGGCGCCCCGCUGCACCUCGCGAGCAGCACCAUCUCCGGCUUCGUCGUCUGCUGCUUCAUGCACCCGCCCGAUACGAUCAUGUCCCGGAUGUACAACCAGAACGGGAACCUGUACACGGGCGUGUUCGACUGCCUGGGGAAGACGAUCCGGACCGAGGGCUUCCUGGCCAUCUACAAGGGCUUCCUGCCGCACCUGGCGCGCAUCCUGCCGCACACCAUCCUCACGCUGAGCCUCGCGGAGCAGACGAACAAGUUCGUGCGCAGGAUCGAGCAGAGGAUACUGCCGGCCUCGACGCUCGGCAAAGCGUAGUCAAAACACCGAAGCGGUAAUAUUUUGGAAGGGAAAAGGCGGGGGGGGGGCGUCUAGGAAGAACCCCGGAGAAGUACACAGGUCGUAUUAGAUAGAAGAUGGCCCUGGACCAUCGCGCAGAGAGGAUCGCAGAUCGAAGAACAGUGCUAGCGUGCGUCUUCCACUUGGGUAGGACAAGGACAUUUAGACGAGACGGCUAUGAUGCAGGUAUACAUAGCUCGCGGGCCGCCCCAAAACAAAACAGCAGGUUUUAGCUCACACGAGAGGGAUGGGGAAGGGGAAAAGGCAGG